GCUGUCGGUUUCAAGCAAAUGUUGGCGCACAGCUAAAACGCGAACUCGCAAGACAAGAAAGAAAAAAAAAAAGUAAAAGAGAGAAACACAACUCAACAAGUUGAGUAUCAGUUUCAGUUUCAGUCCCGGUUCAUUAGAUCAAUUGAAAGUGAUUUUUUGGUGCCAUUGUAAGCUGGCUUUUUGGGCUGGGUGCUUUGCCAGCGAAGGUCUUUUGACGUGAUUGCAAUUAAAGUUUUUAAUCGAUUCGAAAUACCCACGAACAAAGAGCGUUUAACCAACAAUAUGAAAGUGCUCGAGCGUUUACUGUUGAUUGGCUGUCUGUUUGGCGGUCUCGUUAAUGCACAGGAUUAUCAAGACUAUCAGCCGAGUGCCCCACGAGCAGCACCACAUCGAUUGCAGUCCCAGGCACAGGAGGAAAACCGUCCCACGCCCGUGCCCAUUCUUAAGCAGAUCAACAAACACAACGAAGAUGGCUCCUAUACUUAUGGCUAUGAGGGUGCCGAUGGCUCCUUCAAGAUCGAAACAAAACUGGCCACCGGUGAAGUGAAGGGCAAAUACGGCUAUGUGGAUGCCGAUGGCAAGGUGCGUGUUGUCGAGUAUGGCGCCAACAAGUAUGGCUUCCAGCCAUCGGGCGAGGGCAUCACUGUUGCUCCCCCCACGCUGGUCGAUGAGUCCACCAAGGAGGAGCCCGACUAUGAAGAUGAGCCCCAGCAACGCCCGCAGCGUCCCUACCGAGUUCAGCGUCCCCAGCAACAGGCGCGCCCGCAACCAGCUCCUUUGCCACCUCGACCACAGCCACAACCACAACCGCAACCACAGUAUGUGCAGUACGAAGAGGAGGAAGCGGAGCCACCACGUCGUCCUCAGUAUGUACCGCAAGCACAGCCCUCGUUGGGUCCAGCGCCACCACGUCUGCAAGUGCCUGGGGCACAGCGUUCCACUGAUGUGCUUUACUCCCCACAGCAGCGUCCCUCGCGCCCCGAGCCCGAUUACUCGCAAUCGCAAAGCUUUGGCGAGGGUCCCUCAAAUGUGCGCAUCUCACGUCCCGUCUAUGCCUUGCCACCCGCCUCGCCGGCGCCCAGCAGCGCACGUGCUCAGGGCUUCUUGGCACCCGCUUCUGGUGGUCGCCCGCUGCUCGAGCCAGUGCACUUUGGCCCCACCCAGGCGCCAUUGGCACAGCCAGUGCAGCAGAGCAUUCCACAGCAACAACAGCAGCCACAGUCGAGCUAUCAGCCACGUGCUCAGGGACGUGCUGGGGGCAGUGGCAGCCUGCUGGAUCAGCUGGCGCGUGAUUAUGCUCUGCCCCAGGGCAAUGCUCAGCCGUUGCACGACAUCACCUUUGGCUAUUACUAGAGGUGGACUGAGGAACUGGUAGUGGGUAGUUAGUGCGGCUCAUUUAGCCGUCUCUUUGAGUCAGGUGCAUACAACGAUAAAUCGAUGUCGAUAAUCGCUAAUCGAUAAUCGAUACAUUCGCAUAGUUCCCCCCUUACUCCCAAUUUCGUUCCAACUAUUCUGCAUUCGCCAGUGAUUCCUUUUAGAAUUCAUUAAUCUAUAAUCUCUGUAUUGUAUGUGUAUUCCAUUCGUAAGAUUUUGUGGUCGAAGUUUUAUGAUUAAAUAAAAGAAAAACAACCAAUUUUUGUCCUAA